AUUAAACAGGGAUUUGUACAGUGUGGUUUGUGUACAGUUUCUCUAAUUUGAUCUUAUUGAAUUUUAAUGAAAUACCCCUGAUAUAGAGCAUUUAUCAUUAUUCUAUAAUUUAUUCUUUAGUUAUGUUCAGCUCUGAUUUAUUGAGGAAGAAGCUGGAGUUGGGAUGCUGUAAUUCAGAUGGUAAAAAUCCGCCUCCUGCUGAUUAAAACCUGCAAAUCCAGCAAAGCUUCGUUCUGAAAAAGAGGGAGUGUCUUUCCUGACUUUCCGCUCUGGAGAAACGAAAGUUAAUCGAAGCUGUUUAAUAAACAGAAUCCAGCUCCUUUCAGCAGGACAGAAGCUCAAACCUGCAGCUUUUCCACUCAGAUAAACAGCACAGUCAGUCAUGGCUUCCUCCAGCAGUCUCCUGUCUGAAGAUCAGCUCCAGUGCUCUAUCUGUCUGGAUGUGUUCACUGAUCCAGUCUCUACUCCAUGUGGACACAACUUCUGCAUGGUCUGUCUCAGAAAGUACUGGAACAGCAGCUCACACUGCCAGUGUCCAGUCUGUAAGAGAGAAUUCCCCCAAAGACCCGAACUGUCUAUAAACACCUUCAUCUCUGGACUGGCUGCUCAGUUCAAGAAGUCAGUUCAGGUGAAGUCCAGCAGAGCUCCAGAGAAACGUUCCUUUAAACGUAAAUUAGUUCAGUGUGACUCCUGCAGUGAGGAGAAGCUGGAGGCUGUAAAGUCCUGUCUGGACUGUGGGCUCUCCUACUGUAACACUCAUCUAUCAUUUCAUAAAACUACACCUAAAUUAAAGAAACACAAGCUGACGGAUCCUGUGGAGAACCUGGAGGACUACAUCUGCCAGAAACAUGAGAGACCCCUGGAGCUGUUCUGUAGAGACGACCAGACGUGUGUUUGUCAGUUCUGCACUGAGGGAGACCACCGGACUCACAGCAUUGUUCCUAUAGAGGAGGAGAGUGGAGAGAGGAAGAUUCAGCUGGAAAAGACACAGGCAGAAGUUCAGCAAAUGAUCCAGGAGCGACUGAAGAAGAUCGAGGAGAUCAAACACUCUGUAGAACUCAAUAAAAAAAUCAGAGAGAAGGAGGAAGCAGACAGUGUGGAGAUCUUCAGGGCUCUGGUGCGCUGCAUUGAGAGAAGCCAGGCUGAGCUGCUGGAGGUGAUGGAGGAGAAGCAGAAAGCAGCAGAGAGGCAGGCUGAAGAGCUGAUUAAAGAGCUGGAGCAGGAAAUCACUGAGCUAAAGAGGAGAGACACUGAGCUGGAGCAGAUCUCCCACACUGAGGACCACCUCCACCUCCUACAGAUUUACCCGUCCCUCUGCAGACCCCCACACACCAAGAACUGGACUGACGUCAGUGUUAACACUCCUCUGAGUGUGGAGAGUCUGAGGAGAGCUCUGUCUCAGCUUCAGAAACGUCUCACACAGGAGAUGGAGAAAAUUCCUGAGAUCAAACUGAAGAGAAUUCAGCAAUAUGCAGUGGACGUGACUCUGGAUCCUGAUACAGCUCAUCCUAAUCUCAUCCUGCCUGAUGAUGGAAAACAGGUUACAUGUGGCGUAAAGCGACAGAAACGUCUUGAUAACUCACAGAGGUUUGAUUAUGGUGUCAGUGUGUUGGGAAAGGAGGGUUUCUCCUCAGGGAGAUUUUACUAUGAGGUUCAGGUCAGUGGAAAGACUAAGUGGGAUUUGGGAGUGACCAGAGAGUCCAGCAACAGAAGAGGAGCAAUUACAGCAAGUCCUAAAAAUGGAUACUGGACUGUGUUUCUGAGGAAUAAAACUGAAUUCAAGGCUGGAGAAUCUCCACCUGUCAUCCUUUCGAUGAAACAGGCUCCCCAGAAGGUGGGGGUGUUUGUGGAUUAUGAGGAGGGUCUGGUCUCCUUCUAUGAUGUUGAGGUCAGAUCUCAUAUCUACUCUUUCACUGGUCAGUCUUUCACUGAGAAACUCUAUCCAUUCUUCAGUCCUAGUCUCAAUGAUGGAGGUAGAAAUUCGGCUCCACUGAUCAUCACUCCUGUAUAGUAUGAAUGCUGAGGAUUAUUUUCCUUAUUAAACCCCUUUAUUAUAACAUAUCACUCUAUGACCAAAAAUGAAUUUACAUUAUGCAAGGAAUGGAUGGAUAAAUAAAUAAAUAAAUAAUUUACUAAACAUUACUGAAUUUUUUGUAAAAUAACUUUACAAACUGUAAUAAUACUGUUUAUAAUCCCCUUGUCUGAAGGAAAGAUUUAGCA